AAAAAAGGAAAAGAAAAGAAGUGAGUAAUUUUAUUCUGAAAUACAUGUAGGUUAGAAUGGCAACAACAAGAAACCUAAAAAUCAAGACAAGUACAUGUAAGCGCAUUGUGAAGGAACUUCAUUCGUAUGAGAAAGAGGUUGAGAGAGAAGCUGCUAAAACUGCAGAUAUGAAGGAGAAAGGAGCAGACCCUUAUGACCUCAAGCAACAAGAAAAUGUUCUUGCUGAAUCAAGGAUGAUGAUACCCGAUUGUCGUAAGCGCCUUGAGGCUGCUUUAGCUGAUCUCAAAGCUACUCUGGCCGAGUUGGAGGAAGUGAACCAGGAAGGUGGAGAAAUUGAUGAUGCUCAAAGCACAAUAGCAGAUGUGGAACAGUUGUUCGUAACAACAGAUGCAUAGUUUUCAAGCUCAUAUAAACUGUUGUUAUUGAUGUGUGUUGUUUUUGAUCUCCAAUCCCUAUCACAAUCAGUGUGGACUUAAGAGUGAUGGCUUUUCUGUAUUAAGAAAGUGGUUUCAUUCUGUUACCAAAAUAUUUGCGUGAACUUAGUUUUGUUUUUGUACCACCUGUCUAUUGUUUCUAAUUGAAAUUUGCACUUUUCUUCUUUCCUUGUUA